AUGAAUGGCAAACUGCAUAGUGAAACCGGCGCUUUCUCAUCUGACGACAUGCGCGCCGAAAUAUUGAACCCUUUCGUCCACAAAUUGGAGCUAGAUAACACAUAUGACAAAAUAAAGACGGCAAUAUUCACAGUAAUAUUACUGCCUUUUCGUGUCAUCGUUAUUUGUUACCUAAUAGUAACGGCAUGGUUCCUCGCGUGUAUUGGUCUCUAUGGCCUCAGCGAAGAAGAUCUUAGGCGAAAGCCUAUGACGGGAUGGAGAAGCAAACUGCGCUUCUCGAUCUUGUCGCUAAUGCGGUUGGUGGUGGUGGCAGCGGGGUUCCAUCGGGUUCGAGUGCUGGGGCGGCAGCACGUGCCUUCUAACUCUCGGGAAGCCCCCGUGGUGGUGAUGGCACCACAUUCCACCUUCUUCGACGCCAUCGCCAUCGUCUGCCUCGGUGCACCCAGCGUGGUGGCCAAAGCAGACACCGCGAGGUUGCCGUUCAUAGGACAACUCAUCAACUACACGCAGCCUGUCUAUGUGUGGCGGGAUGAUCCUAACUCCAGGCAGAAUACCAUCAAGGAGAUUAUCGAGAGAGCAACUUCCAAAGAAGAUUGGCCACAGGUGCUUAUCUUUCCUGAGGGUACCUGCACGAACCGUUCGUGCCUGAUCACGUUCAAGCCGGGUGGAUUCUAUCCAGGAGUACCUGUACAGCCAGUCACCAUCAGGUACCCUAACGCCAGAGACACAGUCACUUGGACCUGGGAGGGCCCUGGAGCCCUAAAGCUGUUGUGGUUGACUUUAACACAAGUGCACAGUUCGUGUGAAAUUGAGUUUCUACCAGUGUAUUAUCCGAGCGAAGAGGAGAAAAGGGACCCCAAACUGUAUGCGAGAAAUGUCCGAGAUGUCAUGGCUAAGGCAUUAGGAGUACCAGUCCUGGACUACACGUACGAUGACUGUCGGCUCAUAGCUCGAGCGAAGCAGCUGGGCAUACCUUGUGCAGCGUCUGCCAGGGAAGUCAGCGAGAUCCGAGGACAACUUGGUUUGGAGCGGUCAGGUCUAGACCUGCACGUGGCCCGCGGCGGGCUGGCGGGCGGCGGCACGGUGCGGCGGUGGCUGGGGCCCGACGAGUUCGCGCAACGGCUCGGGGUACCACUGUCUGCGCGCACGCAGCGACUCUUCGACAUAUUCAUGCAGCGCUCGAGUGGGUUGCUGUACUUCCCGGACUACUUGCUGAGCGCCGCCUUCCUCGCCCUGCAACACGCGCCUCUUACACAACUCCUGGCUAUAGCCUUCAAGUUGUACGCGAGCGGUGGCGGCGGCCGGGUCAACGCGGCCGGCUUCGAGGAGCUCGCCACGCGCUGCCUCGGGCUCUGUCAGGAAGACGCCUGCAACACCUUCCGCCAGGCAGACCUGGACGAGGACGGAUACCUCACCUACGAUGACUUUAUAGAAUACGCGCAGAAGAAAGCGGAGUUCUCAUUUGUAUUUGCCUGCGACACAUCACAUCACAAACCAAAGGCUCAGUGA